AAUUUUUUAGCAGUUCUUCUACUUUCAACCAAGAGGAACUGAAAGUCCAUCGUUAUGCUUUUUCAGGAAAUACGUUUGUGGAUUCUUCAUGGAGGCUUUCAUGGGGUUUAAGGGAUUCGAGAGUUGCCCUCCAUCUUUUCUUUUCCGUCAUGGUCAAACCUGGGUUUCUUAUAUCUCUAAUUCUCAGCCUUCCUCUGAUGUUUUUGUGUUGUAUCGGCAUCGUUCAUUAUACAGAUUUCAAAUUUAGGGUGAUUUCAUGGGUUUUCGCCAUGAUUUUCAGUCUUAGCUUCCUUCCUAACAUCAUCUUUUAUGGAUCUUCUCUCAAUCACAGAUUUGGCAAGAUUUCCAACCUCUUCAACAUAAAUCUCAACAUAUUUAAAGGUCCGAGGUGCCAAGCCUCGGACUGCUACAGUAAUUCCUUUAUGACCGAAGUGAGGAAUAAAUCCAAAGCUUCCCGCUCAAAUAGCUGCAUGACAAUGACAAUAAUUCUCACUGAUCAACCUCUCAAGCAGAUUCUGCAGAAACCAGAGUGCUCUGAAAGAUUAAUUAAGUGGGCAGUAGAACUGGGAGAGUUUGAGAUAACGUUUCAGCAAAGAUCAGCCAUCCGAGCUCAAGCAUUAGCAGAUUUCAUUGUCGAAUGCACUCCAUGUCCCUCAACCUCUACUCUAGAACUCAACGAAUGGACCUUAUAUGUUGACGGAGCCUCUAGUAGCAAGGGUUCAGGGGCUGGCGCUCUCUUGAUCGGUCCAGAGGGAUACCGAAGCGAACAUGCCCUAAAGUUCAACUUUGAUGUGACAAAUAAUAUGGCUGAUUAUGAAGCUCUGCUACUUGGUCUACAACUAGCAUUAGAGUUGAAAAUCAGUGCAAUUCAAGUGUACAGUGACUCCCAGCUGGUGGUGAACCAAAUCAACUCUAUUUGCGAAGUCGUUGAUCCUGUGAUGAUGAAGUAUGUAGCCUUGCUGACCGAGCUGAAGUGCAAAUUCCAGAAAUUCUGUCUGAGUAAAAUUCCCCGCGCUGAGAAUGAACAGGUAGAUUCACUCUCCAAGUUUGCCUCUGAUAGCUCUUUAAGUUCCAGAUCCGUUUUUGUAGAGGUCUUAGAUGAACCAAGCUUCACGAAGCCUCGGGUGAUGGAGAUUAGCACAAACCCUGACACGCCGAGCUGGACUGAUUCGAUUGUCUCCUUUUUACGAGAUGGGAUCGUACCUGAGGACAGGCAGGAGGCAAUGAAAUUGAGGAAGAAAGCAUCUCGGUAUGCACUCGUUGAGGGGGUCCUGUAUAAGAGAUCUUUCUCACUUCCUCUUUUACGGUGUUUAAACCCCUAUGAAGCUGAAUACGCACUUCGAGAGGUGCAUGAGGGUGUCUGUGGGAGCCAUGUCGGUGCUAGGACUCUCGCUCACAAAGCCUUAAGGCAGGGAUAUUAUUGGCCAAACAUGUAUAAGGAUGCCAUUCACUUUGUUCAGAAAUGUCCGAAGUGCCAAUUCUUUGCACAUCUGACUCACCAACCUGCAGAAGAACUCACGAACUUGGUAGCACCAUGGCCAUUUGCACAGUGGGGACUAGAUCUUUUGGGUCCAUUCUUGAAAGGGGUUGGUGGUGUAACCCAUCUGGUUGUUGGUGUGGAUUAUUUCACAAAAUGGGUUGAAGCUCGGCCUUUAUCUAGUCUUACCUCCAAGAAGGUCGAAGAUUUUGUUUUCAGCUCGAUCAUCUGCAGAUAUGGGAUCCCAAAUCAAAUUGUGGCUAAUAAUGGAACUCAAUUCAAUUGCUCUUCAUUCCGAGAUUUCUGUUCCAGUUAUGGGAUCAAGUUGCAGUUCACCUCCGUUUACCAUCCGGAGUCCAAUGGCAUGGUGGAAUCUGUUAACAAAUGCAUUUUUGGAAGGAAUAAGGCCGAGAUUGGAGCAGCAUAAGGCCAAGUGGGCAGACGAGCUCAACAACGUCCUCUGGGCAUACAGAACCACGAGCCGAACUACUACAGGUACUACUUUAAACCGAGUUUAUUUGAUUAAUUUUUAUAGUAUUUUACUUUUUCUAAUACGCUUUACCUUAGAGCAAAUAUGCAUAAUGCAUAAAGCGCAUUCUAAAGU